UUUUGGCCGUGGGAAAGACUGCGCUGGGCGGUAAGGGAUACGUGUUCUUAAGGUGAGGGCGUUUUAAACUUUGCCCGCUGAACACGCGUUAAGAACAAAUCCCAUUCAGCGGCGUUCUCGAAACUGUUUUGUAAAACUCAGCGGGACGGAGAGUGCUGCCAGCUCGGAAGGGAGCGGAGCGAUCAGAGUCGCCGGAUCGGGACGUCCGCUCUCGGGUUCGCACGGGAUCCUCGCGCGCUGAGGCGGUUUGUCCGCCUUCGGCCACCGUCGCGCCCGCGCGUUGCGCUGCAUUUUGUCCGCUGGUCGCCGCCGUCCCGGCGUUAGUCGCUGAGUUCCAGGAACCGGAGCGCGUGUUUGGGGGCGCGGGCGCGCCGCCCGCACCAUGGAGUCGCCCUUCAGCCCGGGGCUCGCCCUGCGGCCGGAUGAGGAUUGGGACUCUGCGCUGUUUGCUGAGCUCGGCCGCCUCUCGGACGUGGGUGUGGACGUGGACAUGGACGCGGACGCAGCCGACGGGAUCUACGCCGGCAAUUUUGAGAGCCUCGAUUUUGAUUUGGACUUGAUGCCGUGGGAGGCAGGCGUGUGGGACGUCGGCAACGAGCUCUGCACAGUCUCACCUGUCAAGACGGAGCCGCAGCCCCUCUCGCCGGCCUCCUGCAGCUGCUCGCUGUCCUCUCCGCAGUCCGUGGACUCGGCCUCGCCCGUCCCGCACGUCCCUGAGGAGCUGGAUUUGUCUUCCACGUCCCAGAUGUCUCCCCUGUCCCUCUACGGAGAGAGCUCCGGCGGCCCCUGCUCGGCCGAGCCCCUGAAGGAGGACAAGCCCGUCCCCAGUCCCAGGAGCAGAGCCGAAAGCGGACUGACUCCGAGGAAGAAGCUUCAGACGAGCUCCAAACCCUCGCUUCAGCCCAAGCCUCUGCUGCUCCCAGCAGCACCCAGGCCUCCGACGAGCCCCAGCGUCCCCGCGAAGGCCAUCAUCAUCCAGGCCCUGCCCACCCUGAUUCCCGUGGCAAAGCAGCAGCCAGCGAUCAGCAUCUACCCCGCGCCCACCAAAGGCCAGACCGUGGUGCUGUCUCCGCCCGCCGUGGUCCAGCUGCGGGCGCCCGGGGUCCUGCCCGCGCCCCAGCCCGUCCUGGCCGUCGCUGCGGGGGCCGCGCAGCUCCCCAACCACGUGGUCAGUGUGGUGCCGGCCCCUGUGGCCGGCAGCCCAGCGAAUGGAAAACUUUCCGUGGCCAAACCUGCCCUGCAGAGCGCCGGGAGGAGCGUGGGCUCCGACGUUGCCGUGCUCCGGAGGCAGCAGCGGAUGAUCAAGAACCGGGAGUCGGCCUGCCAGUCCCGCAAGAAGAAGAAGGAGUACCUGCUGGGGCUGGAGGCCCGGCUGCGGGCCGCCUUGUCCGAGAACGAGAAGCUGAGGAAGGAGAACGGGUCGCUGAAGCGGCAGCUGGACCAGGCGGUGCUGGAGAACCAGAGGCUGAAAGUGCCCAGCCCGAAGCGCAGAGCCGUCUGCGUGAUGGUGCUGCUGGCCCUCGUGCUCCUGAACUGCGGGCCCUUCAGCGCGCCGGAGCCGGAUUCCCGGAGAGCGGGCCCCGGCGCGAGCCCUGCGAGCCAAAGGAGGCGUCUUCUCGGGUUUUCUGCCAAGGAGGCGCAAGACACACCCGACGGCGGCGGCCUCCGGAAGGACAGCUACAGGUACCACCACGCCGUCUCCGAUGACAAGGCCCUGAUGGUGCUGAGCGAGGAGCCCGUGCUGUACCUGCCGCCCCCUCCGUGCCGGCCCCUGAUCAACACCACGGAGUCCCUCAGGCUGAACCACGAGCUGCGGUGGUGGGUGCACAGACACGAGGUGCAGAGGACCAAGUCGAGGAGGACAACGACCCAUCAGCCCAAAGCCCACGUUCUCCAGGGCGCACUGCCGCAGGGCCCGCCGUCGCAGCUCCUGGCCGUCCAGUACACGGAGACCCCCAGCGCCAGGAGGGCGGGGAGCGAGCUCCAGGUGUACCGCGCCUCCCCCCAGAGCCACCAGGACUUCUUCGACGCCAUCCGCAGGAGGGGGGACACCUUCUACGUCGUGUCGUUUCGCAGGGACCACCUGCUGCUGCCCGCGACCACCCACAACAAGACGGCGAGGCCGAAGAUGUCGAUCGUGCUGCCCGCCAUCAACGUCAGCGAGAACGUGAUUGACGGGCAGGACCACGAGGUCAUGAUGCAGAUCGACUGCCAGGUGAUGGACACCAGGAUCCUGCACAUCAAGAGCGCCUCGGUCCCGCCCUCCCUGCGGGAGCAGCGGCAGAACCAGACCAGCACCCUGUUCGGGGCCCCGCCCGCGGCCGCGGAGGCAGCCCGCGUGGUGGGCGCCAUCCCCGAGUCGCUGCAGUAGCCCCGGGCCGCCGAGCGGGACCCGCAGACUGGGGACGGGGCUCGCGUGCCUCCUCCGCCGUCCUGGUGGCGUCUGACCCGGGACCCGCCCCCAGGGUCAAGUUCAGGGACUGAGAAGAGGAGCUGCUCCAUCUCCACGUCUGCCCCCGCCCCUGGCCCUGGCCCCGGCCCCCCGCAGGGCCCCGGAUGCGGACACGGGACGUGUGGCCCCCUGCCCUCCGGCGAGGCCUCCAGCGGACUCCUGGGUCUUUCUGAGUCGCUGCCCCCGUGUGUGCUUCCUGUUCAGUCACCACCCCCUGGGAGUCGGCCCGCUCCCCGCCCUGCCCCUCACUCGCCAGCACUGGCCGCCUGUCGCCGGCCGCAGCAGCACACGUGUUGUGGGUAUCCGCGCAGACCCACUGCGCGCACCGCCACGUGCCCCGGAGACGGGGUUUCAGGACUGGACGGCCCAGCGCACCCCCAGAGCCAGCACAGCGCGGCGGUGCGUUAGGAGAGGGAAAUCUCAGUGGGGGGUGCUGCCCCGCACCCAGGUGGCGGUUGGGGGCUGGCGGGCAGCGAGUUUGAGAGAACGGGCAGGACGGGACAGGCCAGGGGCAGGUCCGCGUGAGCAGACACUGAAUGUUCGCUGGGGUGGCCGUCCUCGGUCAGAGCCGCGGCUGCCAUUUCUUUUGAGGGCUGGCGGCCGCUGGGCCGAGUCUUCUCUGCUCGCCGUGCGGCCCCGCGGGGCCUCAGCACACACAGACCCCCUUCCCGUGGAGAGCCCCCACCCGCCACCCCCUCUGCUCUUCAGUGGUGCCACGUUCAGCCACGGGGCUCGGGGGCACCAGGCUGAGCAAAGGAGAGCGUGGAGUCUUGGGGAUGACCGGUGUUCUCGGCCCCGAGACUGACUGCGGCCAGGCAAGCGGGGUCCCUGCUGGGUGUGCGGGGCAGCCCCUGCGCUUCGAGAAAAGAAACAAAGACUGAAACGUUGCCCUCGCUCGUUUGUGCUGUGCGUGGACGCUGCCCUCCUGCCCUGGGCACCUCCCUCCCCGGGCAGGGCCUCCUGCCCGCCCCUCCUCCAUCAGACCCUCCGUCCACUGUUGCCCGCCGACACCACCCUCCCCGAGGGACCACGCCCCUCCAACCUGGCGUCCUGGUGGUGGUCCAACAGGCAGUUCUUGCUGGGGACACACUGACCUCUGGGGCCGGGGGCCCUGCUGCGGGCCAGGGCUGGGCGUCGGCGGGACACGAUUCUCUGUCGGGGCUGCCGGGCAGAGACCGCGUGGGGGUGCGCAGACGUCUCCUCCUCCUCCGUGCGCCCUGACGGGACCCAUCUGUCCCCAGCGUGCCCUGUGCUCACGGGCCUGCUCGUCGGGGACCCUGGGACGACACGGGGGCUGGUCCGUCCCCGUUGUGGGGACGUCAGAGCAGGCGGGGCGGGGCAAACCCAUCCUUGCGUCCGCCUUCCUAGGGGUGGCGCUCCCAGCAGCCCCACUCGCAGGCCCCCUUGGGAACCACCACGCGGAGCCGGGCCCUGCGUCCUCCCCGCUGCCCCGUGCACAUGGACCUCACGCUCGCCAGGGCCGCCGCGGGUGGGUGCUCGUCGGCACCCGUGGGCCCCUUGGCCCUCACCAGGAGGGAUCGUUUUAUUCACAGAGGUCGGGGAUCUUUGCUGCUAGUGUGAAUGCUAAUUUUAACUUUAAAAACAAGCGUAAUGUUUAGAAGAAAGUAGAAUGUAAGGAAGUUUCAUUCCUAUCCCUAAUUUUAGGAUGGGGCAUUCCUGUCCAUCCCCCCCCCCCCCCAAGAGCUGUGGUUGAUUUUUACUUUUCUAGGAAACAGAACCCCGGGCGUCCCCACGGGGUGCUGCCGGGGGCCCAGUGGGAGCAGGCAGGCCCCCCCCCACCCCGGGAAGGGCUUCCGAGUGACCUGCCCACUGGGGUGUGGGGCAGCAGCGCCUGAAGCGAGGGUCCCCGUGGAGGACAGGGUCCCCGUGGAGGACGGGCUCCCGCAGCUGUGACCUCUGUGUCCCCGGCGGGCAGAGAGCCGGGGUUUAGGAGGAGGAGGAGGAGCAGGAAGGUUCUUGGGGUGGGGGGUUCAGUCCUGGCGUGGGCGUGUCCCGGCCCUUGUUGGGGAGUGGGCCCUGCACCCAGCACCGGUUUGCUGGUCUGGGCGUCGGGCACUGGGCACGUUGGGAGACUGGCCACCGGACUCGGCGGGAGCCAGGGAGUGAGUGCGUCUCGGUUUGCGAUCUGCCGAGGUCAGCAAGCGCCUUGCGGGCUUGCUGCCUGUCCUGCAGCGAAGGUGGGGCCGUCGGGUGCAUAAACCAGGAGGUGCGGCGUGUCCCCCAGGGCGGCAUCCCCAGGCAGGUUGGCCGGCUGACCUGGGCAGAUGCACACUGGACGUCGAGCCCUGGCUUCCCGGCCUGUCACCUGGGCAGGCGUGGGGCUGCAGGUGUGCCCUGCCGUGUUCCGGGGCCUGCAGGCGCCUGCGGCGUGUUCUGACCACCCCGGUGGCUGGGCGGCGGGGCGGGCCCCGCGUGGCCAGCAUCCUCGCUGGGCGCUGAGGCUGGGUCCACGCCGACCACCAGUGUGGGCGGGGCAGGUGCGCCGCCCACCCCUGAGCACGCGUGUCUGCACGCGUGUGUCUGACACGUGUGGGUCUGCAGCGGGAGGCCGAGUCAGGGACGGCGCACGGCUGCGGGCUCUCAGGCCGCCUUCGCAACGCAGUGCUUGUUCUCUCUGAAAUGUGAAUAAAGAGUUCUCAAGCUG